AUGGCAGCGGCAGCGGCAACCGUGUACGGCAACGGAACCCUUCCCGAGGAGAUCCUCACUGACAUACUCUCUCGACUACCCGUCAAACCCCUUUGCCGAUUCAAGUGCGUUUCUCCCUCCUGGAACUCCCUAAUCUCUGACCCAUACUUUGUCAAAACCCACCUCAAUCGAACCGACACCCUAAAAAACCCUAAACACCCCUACCAGAACAAAAUCAUCAUCUCCACUUGUGACAACCUCUACUCUGUACGCAAAUCAGAAAAAAAAAACCUCUACUCAGUAGACCUCACCAACCUAAACCCGACAAUCACAAAGCUUGAUUUUCCGACGACGGCACGGCACGCUGCAGUACGGAGCUCUUGCGAUGGCUUGCUUUUAGCUUCCAAUAGCGACCAUUCGAUUUUGUUCUUGUUAAAUCCGUCCACUGGAGAACGUAACAAACUCCCUACCCGUCCUCCUGUCCUCGACCCGGUUCAAAUGAUUCACGGGUCUCAUUCUGGGCUGGGUUACGAUUCUUCCACGGAUGAUUACAAGGUUGUGAUAUUCACUCGGUAUAAAACUGAGUUUUCUCCGUUUUUUUCGAUCUUGGAUGUCUACUCCCUGAAAACUAAUGCUUGGAGGAGAAUUAAGUGUCUCCAUUAUUGCCCCAUGGGAAACAAUGGUGGGGUUUUCUUAAAGGGGUGUAUCCAUGGCCUUUGUUGGAGGGUUGGUUCCAUCGUUGCUUUCUAUUUGUCUGAUGAGGUCUUCAGGGAAGUGCCGACGCCUGCUUCAUUUAGGCAGGGCAAGAUUUGCUCGUAUGACGUGGCGGUUUUUGGGGGUUGUCUCUGUUUGGUUAAAAAGGGGAAAACUGAGGUUUGGAUGAUGAUGGAGUAUGGGGUAAGGGAGUCGUGGACUGAAUUUACGAUCCAUUCUGGGUUUCGCAUGGCCAGAUUGUUGUGUUUGUUAGCGGAAGACGAAUUUUUGUUGAGUACCUAUGGGGAGAGGGGGCUUAACCAGCUGGUUGUGUACAAUCAGCAAAAGGACACGGCAAGGGACAUGGUCGUUUGUGACAUUCCACCUAGAUUUUCAUUUGAGGGCACCUAUGCGGAGAGCCUCAUAUCUCCUCAUCAUGGAAGAGGGAAUGGGGGGCAAUGA